AUGGCGCAGGCGAUAUUCGAGGCGCUGGAAGGAAUGGAUAAUCAGACAGUGCUAGCUGUUCAGUCCUUGUUAGAUGGCCAAGGAGGUGUUACAGAUCCAUCAUCACAGACAGUCAACACAUCUUCAUCCAUCCAGUCCAUGGAUGACGAAGAUGUAUUUCUCUGUGGGAAAUGUAAGAAGCAAUUCAACUCAUUGCCAGCAUUCAUGACUCAUAAGCGGGAACAGUGUCAAGGCCAUGCCCCCUCACUGGCUACAGUCUCCUUAGCUACUAACAGUGUUUAUACUCCGUCCAUUACCUCAGUACAGCAGGCUCAGACCACCAAUCGUCAGCAGAUCUCUACAUAUAUUACUGUUCCACCCUCUCCUUUGAUCCAAACACUAGUCCAAGGGAAUAUCUUAGUGAGCGAUGAGGUUUUGAUGUCAGCCAUGUCUGCUUUCACAACCCUGGACCAGCCAAUGUCCACAGUGCAACCCACUGUGCAGAGCAGCUUGAAUAUGCAUCCUGGAGCAGGAUACCUCUCUCAGCCUCCACCCCCCCCUCCACCCCCUCAACCACCCCCUCCACAACCUCGAACCCUUGGAGUGCCAGGCCCGGCCAGUGCAGGUAGCAGUGGAGUAGCAGAAGUCUACAAUACAUCUACUUCCAUGUCUGGGAAUGGGACGGUAGAAAUACAGAAUCUGGGGAUGCAGCCGUAUCCACCUUUGGAGGUGCCCAGCCAAUGUGUGGAAAACCCAGUGUAUCCUUCCCCUCCAGUAUAUAAUCCAAGCAAACAAAGCUUUAAGUCUAAAAGUGCCAAUGCUGCUGCUUCCUUGAAUAAUACAUGCGGAGGAAAUCUGACCAAUUUUGAUUCUGCUUCCAAGAACCGUCGUUCCAAACCAGACAAUAACUUGCUUGAAGGAAAGCCCAAGUCACCAAAACUGAAAUGUACAUACUGUGAUAAAGCCUUCACCAAGAAUUUUGAUCUGCAGCAACAUAUCAGGAGUCAUACCGGGGAGAAGCCAUUCCAGUGCAUUGUGUGUGGUCGAGCUUUUGCGCAAAAAUCCAAUGUGAAGAAGCACAUGCAGACACAUAAGGUGUGGCCACCAGGAAUUGGGUGUACCAUCUCUCGGAGCUCUGUCACUGUGCAAGUCAUGCAACUCAACCCCAACCAGCAGGAGGAUGAGGAAAAUGCAGGCUUAAACCAUGCUCCAAGAAGCAGUCCUCCACAGCCUCAAGCCCUGCCUCCUGGAGAAGAACAUGACGCUGCAAAGUUGGAAGCCAAGCAAGUGGUCUUGAUAGACAGUUCUUAUCAGUGCCAGUUCUGUCCUAACAAAUUUAAUACAUAUUUCCAGCUGAAAUCACACAUGACUCAGCAUAAACAUGAACAGGUGUACAAAUGCGUUGUGAAAAGUUGUGCCCAGACAUUUCAAAAGCUGGACUCUUUCUUAGAGCAUAUCAAGAACCACCAGGAAGAGCUGAGCUAUCGUUGCCACCUCUGCAGCAAGGACUAUCCUUCUCUGUAUGAAUUGGGUGUCCAUCAAUAUUCCCACAGCUUGCUCCCUCAACACAGCCCCAAGAAGGACAUGGCAGUUUACAAGUGUGUCAAAUGUGUAAAUAAAUAUUCCACGCCAGAAGCCCUGGAGCAUCACUUACAGACAGCAACACACAACUUCCCCUGUCCUCAUUGUCAGAAGGUGUUUCCCUGUGAAAGGUACUUGCGAAGGCAUCUCCCUACACACGGAGGAGGAGGUAAAUUUAAGUGCCAGAUCUGCAAAAAGUUCUUCCGCCGAGAACACUACCUCAAAUUACACGCACACAUUCAUUCAGGUGAAAAGCCUUUUAAGUGUUCAGUGUGUGACUCAGCCUUCAACAGGAAAGAUAAACUCAAACGGCAUAUGCUGAUCCAUGAGCCUUUCAAGAAAUAUAAAUGUCCAUUCUCAAAUCACACAGGCUGCAGUAAAGAGUUCAAUAGACCGGACAAACUGAAAGCUCAUAUUUUGUCCCAUUCAGGUAUGAAGAUCCACAAGUGCCAGUACUGUAACAAAGCCUUCAGCCGACGAGCUCAUAUGAUGGAACAUCAGCGUUCUCACACUGGCAACUAUAAGUACCGUUGCCCUACAUGUAGCAAAGGUUUUACCCGCCAGAAGUACAUGAAGGACCACAAAUGUAGGCUGAACUCAUCAAAGGAUAAAGAAUUGCCAGUCAGAAAAUCCCAGAAGAAGUGGGGGGCACGUGGGCGGAAAGUGGGGCUUCCUCUUUCAGCUCAGUUGGCUUUCACAGAACUCAAAGACACUACAGGUGGAGAGAGCCUUCAAAAAAGUGGUCCUAAUAAAGAACAAUUUUCUGAACCUGACACUGUUCUAUCCAUUGUGGUUGGCAGGUCAGCAGCAAAUUCAGACACUGACAACCCUGGCCAGCAUUCUGGCAUCUCACCCAACCUUUCUCUGACAGAAUUGCAGCCUGGCUCUGAGAGUCCAUGUGCCAUGCUGGCAGUCCCUGUUUACAUCCACACUACUGACUAAAUUGAUGAAUGCUAUGCUGCGUCCAUUUAGUAGGAGGGAAAGUUCCUGUGUUUACUCAUACAAAAGAACUGCUGCAGAGAGUGAGAAAUGAAUGGUGGUGUAUGUGUAUAAAUGUUUGGCUUCACUGAUGCAGAGGACAACAUUCUUUUAAAGAAACGUGUUACAAAGUGAAAACAUUCCUCUCCUUAUCUGGAUGAAUUAAUUGGAAGAAGCUGUUAAAAACAGAUGGGGAUAGUUACCUUCUUUUCAUUUAAAGAUACUCAGUGCU